CUCCGGUCCCGGUCCGCCCGCCCCGGCCGGCCGGCACCAUGCGCGCCGCUGCGCUGCUGCUGCUCGCCCUGCUCCCGCUCCGGCCGCUGCCCGGCCGCGCCGCCCGCCCCAAGCUCGCCCUGCCCAUCCGGCCCGACACGGAGCCGCUGCCCCCCGGCGGGGCGGCAGGCUGCGCCUUCGGGGGGCACUUCUAUGCUCUGGAGGAGACGUGGCACCCGGACCUGGGGGAGCCCUUCGGGGUGAUGCGCUGCGUUAUCUGUCACUGCGAGCCGCAGAGGAACCACCGGGGGAAGCCCGUGGGGAAAGUGAACUGCAAGAACAUGAAGCAGGACUGCCCCGUGCCUGCCUGUCCCCGGGCCACGCUGCUGCCGGGACACUGCUGUCACACCUGCCCCAAAGAGAAGAGCCCUGCACUCCGGUUUGACACCUUGGAGUACUUCCAGGAGAAGGAGGAUGACCUGGACAAGCCCUACAAUGACCGCUCCUACCUGAGCUCGGAGGGCCUGGCUCGCGAUGAUGCCCGCACAGAGUUUGUGGCCCUGCUGACGAGCGGCCCAGAGCCGUGGCACCCCACAUCCAGUGCCGUGGCCAAGGCUCGCUUCACGCUGCUGCGCUCCUCCCUGCUCUUCUCCAUCAGCUAUGAGCGGCUGGGGCGGCCGAGCCGGGUGCGUUUCAGUGACCCCGAGGGUAACGUGCUGUUUGAACACCCCGUGCAGAGGAGCGCUGCCCCCGAGGAUGGCAUGCUCUGUGGAAUGUGGAGGACGGUGUCCAAAGCCAACGUCCAGCUGCUGCGGCGUGAACAGCUCCGUGUGUCCCUCAUCACCCGGGCACAGCCCUCCGGAGAGGUCCAUGGGCACAUCCUCAAGCACCGGGCACUCUUUGCAGAGACAUUCGGUGCCAUCCUGACCUCCUCGAACCCCUUGCACUUGGGCGCUGGGGGCAUGGCCAUGCUGACACUGAGUGACACAGAGAACAACCUGCACUUCAUCCUCAUGGCCCGGGGACUGCUGGAGCCUGGAGCAAGGGAAUCCCCGUGGGUCCCACUGAGGGUCCGCAUCCUGCACCAGGGCCAGACGCUACGCGAGGUCCACGCCAACAUCACUGUGGAGGACCCCGACUUUGCAGAGGUGCUGAAUGACCUGUCUGCCCAGGAGCUGCAGUGGCUGGUGCAGGGGCAGCUCCGCAUCGUGGCCGAGACGGAGGGGCAGCACGCGCGGCAGCUGGCUGGCACCAUCACCACCCGCCGCAGCUGUGACACCAUCCAGAGUGUGCUAUGCGGAGCAGAUGCUUUGCUGCCGACCAAGACCGGGGCUGUGGGCUCAGCCAAGCUGGCGCUGCAUGAGAAUGGCACCCUGGAGUACCAGGUGCAGGUGGUGGGCACUGCCAGCGAGGUGGUGGGCAUCACACUGGAGACCAAACCCAGACGGAAAAGCAAGAGGAACAUCCUGUUUGACAUGACACCCAGCUACAAGGAUGGGCUGGCCUGGGGUGCCUGGCAGAGCCCCAGCGCCCGCGAUGCCCACAUGCUUCUACAAAAUGAGCUCUUCCUCAACGUGGCCACCAAAGACUGGGCAGAGGGUGAGCUGCGGGGCCAGAUCAUCUCCCUGCCCUACAGUGGACUGCUCGCCCGCUACACAGACAUGCCCGUGGCGCUGGCAGGGCAGCUGGUGUCCCCCCCGGUGCCCAGCGGCGCGGGGGGGCACGCCUGGCUCUCGCUGGAUGAGCACUGCCACCUGCACUACGAGAUCUCGGUGGCGGGGCUGGGACGGCCGAGCGAUGGCACUGUCAGCGCCCACAUCCACGGCGUGGCCGAGCUGGGGGAGAUGGGCACCCGCCCCCACCAGCACAAGCGCCUGCUCAAGGGCUUCUACAGCACUGAGGCUCAGGGCGUGGUGAAGGACCUGGAUGCCGACCUGCUGCAGCACCUGGCCCAGGGCACUGCUUUCCUGCAAGUCAGCACCAAAGCUCACCCCAAUGGCGAGAUGCGGGGACGGGUGCACAUUCCCAACCAGUGCCAUGCAGGAGGGACCCGCCUGGCCCCAGGGGAGUCCCUGGGUCAGGCUGAGCUCUCAGAGAGCACCAAGACCAGGGACCUGGAGCAGCUGAAGAAGGACCCCAACUCCUGCUUCUUUGAGGGUCAGCACCGGGCACAUGGCACCCGCUGGGCACCUGACUAUGACAAGAAGUGCUCUAUCUGCAGCUGCCAGAAGCGCACAGUGAUCUGCGACCCCAUCUUGUGCCAGCCCCUCAACUGUACCCACCAGGUGCACCCCGAAGAGCUGUGCUGCCCCAUCUGUGAAGAGAAGAAGACAGAGCAGGAAGAACUGAAGCUGGAGCGGGCACGGGACAGCAGCGAGGGCUGCUACUUCGACGGUGACAAGACAUGGCGAGGCUCUGGCACCCGCUGGCAUCCUGUCGUGCCCCCGUUUGGCCUCAUCAAAUGUGCCAUUUGUACCUGCAAGGGCACCACAGGUGAAGUGCACUGUGAGAAGGUGCAGUGCCCACGGCUCACCUGUGCCAACCCCGUGCGCGCCAGCCCCUCUGACUGCUGCAAGCAGUGCCCAGCCCCAGAGAGGAGUGUCCCGGAGCUGGCUGACUCCAUGCAGGCAGACGCGCCACGGUCGUGCCGCUUCGGGCGCCGCUGGUACCUCAACAACGAGAGCUGGCACCCGUCUGUGCCCCCCUUUGGGGAAAUGAAGUGUAUCCUGUGCUGGUGUGUGUCGGGGGAGACGCACUGCCAGCGCCAGGAAUGCCCCCCGUCCGCCUGCGCCAGCCCUGCCACCAGGGACAACCCCUGCUGUGCCAAGUGCCGUGCCCUUGAUGCCCCCUCAGAUGCACGGGAGAAGGUCCAGGAUGCCAAGGUGGAGUCACGGAGCCACUGAGUGGUGACUGCUGCCCAGAGCGGGGCAAGCACGCGGUGAUGCUGGGUGGCACUGGAGGUACCACUGCUCACUGCCCCUGCCUGUGCAGGGUGGGGGGCACAGAGGAGCACAGUGGGGUGCACAGGGCCUGGCCCCCAGCCUGGCCACCCCAUCUCAGCACGACUGCAAUGCCAGGACUGCCCUGCCCUUGUGCAGGGGGCAGUGGCCAGGCUCAUGGAGGUUGGGGCACCCGCUGCCCUGGCACUCCAAGCGCCCCUGGCCGGCGGGCAUCGUGCCCGUAUUGUACAUAGUGUAAAGUCCUUCUGGCCCCUAUUUGCUGCACCCACCCUGUCUCAGCCGGGUUUCUCACAUAAUUUAUGGUGCCAGUGGAUGGAGGUCAAGAUGUAUUUAUUAAAACCAGAGCUAUUGCCCA